AUGCCUUCAAUUCUGCGCGAAGAGAACGGCAACACAGAGCUACAGACGAACGGAGACGGAAAUGCACCCAAGACCAAUGGUCACUUAACCGGAAAUCAUGAGGAUGCGUUUCGGCAUCUGCCAAAGCCUCAGCAAGACAUAUUGCAGUUGCAUGGGCCUCGACAGAGAUAUUGCUUAGAGAAGGCGGGUGAGAUACCAGAACUUAGAUCAGAUCGAGAAAUCUUGGUACAAGUCGUAGCAAUUGGCUUGAAUCCGGUGGAUUGGAAGGGCCCCGAUUACGAUUUCGGACUCCCUUCGUUUCCCUGGGUCAACGGACGGGACUUUGCAGGUAUCGUCGUCAAAACUUCCAAUGGGAGCUCUAGGAUCGAAACUGGCGAUGUAGUGUUCGGGCCAUCCACAGAUUAUCGAGACGUCCGUAAAGCCGCCUAUCAGGAAUACUUGGUAACGACGGACUUCAAUGUCGCAAGAUUGCCGGCGGAGCUGCCGGUAAACACAGGCGCAGCUAUCGGAGUUGCCUUUGUAAGCGCGCUAUUGGCACUAGGUGUCUCUCUGGGGUUGGAUUUCUCCAGCGUCACGGGAGCAUCCAAAGGCCCUGAUCUGCUUAGUCUUCUCCGAAAGUCGGACCGAGAUGAGAUACCAGAAGACGUCCGAGAAGAAUGUGUGGACGGCAUCAAGGACACGGAACGUCCGCAGAAAGGGGACUGGUUUGCUAUUUGGGGAGCGUCAUCGAGCACCGGGUCAAUGGCACUCCAGCUUGCCAAAUUGACAGGGUUGAGAGUCAUAUGUGUGGCGGAUGUUGUCAGGCAUGGAUCUCGACUCAUCGAUUUGGGCGCAGAUGUCCUUGUUGACAGGCAAAACCCCUCGCGAGCCAUUGAGAUCAUCCGUAGUGUGACGAAAGGCAAAUUACGCUUUGCUCUGGACACUGUUGGCAAGGAAACGGCAACACAGCUCCAAGAAAGCCUUCAGAACCCCAAAGGAGACAGACAAGCGCAUUUGGUCGGCUUGACCGGGCUGCCCAAAGUGAGGCUUUCAGGUGUUAAAUACCAUAGCGUACCCAUCAAAGUCUUCCAUAGUGUGCCAGCUUUGGGGGAAACCGCCAUGCGCUGGUUGGAGCAGCUUCUGGUGGCAAAAGGCCUGGAACCUCCGGAUAUUGCUCUUGCAGAUGGGGGCUUGGAGGGCAUCAAUGAAGCCCUCGAUAGAUUGAGAAAUGGGACGGUAUCUGCAAAGCGCAUUGUUGUCCCGAUUGGGCAGAAAUCAACAACGGAAUCAGAUGGACAUACUGUGAAGAAUGGGGUGAAACAGGAGGCUGAAGGGAAAUUUGACAACCUCGAUUAUGCGGACAAGCUGAACGCAGACCCUCAGCGUAUCAGAUUUGCAUACUGGGUACCAAACGUCUCGGGAGGUUUGGUUAUUUCCAAGAUCGAACAACGGACUGGAUGGUCGUUCGAACAGAACGUGGAAUACGCCAAGACCGCGGAGAGAGUGGGCUUCGAGUACGCUUUGACCCAGAUCAGAUUCAUGGCGGGUUACGGAGCUGAGAACCAACACGAAUCCGUCUCGUUUUCCCAGGCGCUACUCCACUUCACAGAACGUCUCACCGUGAUGGCAGCCUUGCUUCCGGGGCCUUGGAAUCCAGCCAUCGCCGCAAAACAGAUUGCUAGCAUCGACAAUUACUGCAAGGGACGCAUUGCCGUCAACGUGGUGUCCGGAUGGUUCAAGCAGGAGUUCACGUCAAUAGGCCAAUGGUGGCUUGAUCACGGCGAGAGAUACCGGCGAAGCCGAGAGUUCAUAGCGUGCUUGAAGGGCAUCUGGACACAAGAUCAAUUCACCUUCAAAGGCGAUUUCUACCAGUUUCACGAUUAUCCUCUCAAGCCGAAGCCAAUUGCAAGGCCAGGCCGACCAUAUCCUGAGAUUUUCCAAGGUGGAAAUUCCAUGGACGCAAGAGAGAAUGCUGCCGCCGUAUCCGACUACUACUUUAUGAAUGGCAACACCCUAGAGGGCUUCCAGACCCAGAUUGCAGAUGUCAAGGAACGCGCGGAGAAGCACGGCCGAGCUGGCGGGGUCAAAUUCGCCUUGAAUGGAUUCGUCAUUGCUCGAGAGACGGAGGAAGAAGCAAUCAAAGUGCUGCAAGAGAUCCAAGGCAAGGCGAACAAGGAGGCUGUCGAGGCCUUUGCGGACGCGGUGCAAAACGCUGGUGCCUCAACAGCCAACAAGACAGGCAUGUGGGCGAAUUCCAAAUUCGAGGAUCUUGUGCAAUACAACGAUGGCUUCAAGACCAAGCUUAUCGGCACCCCGGAGCACAUCGCGGACCGCAUCUUGCUCCUCAAGUCCCUCGGUAUCAAUAUUCUAUUGGUUGCUUUCCUUCACUAUGAUGACGAGAUCCAGCAAUUUGGAGAGCAAGUCCUGCCACUUGUCCGGAAGCUAGAGGCCGAGGGCCGUGGGAAGGAUGAGGCAUUCGAGAUUUCGCUGACCGGCGAUGUGUAUAGGGAGAAGAAGGACAAGCAGUAA